UACAGUAACUAUUUUCAACUUUUGUAUCUGCAGGCCCACCUGCUGCGCAAAAAAAUCAACCGAGCGGCGAAAAAGAAAAACGUUUAAAAAAGGAAGUCUCAUCUAAUGACUGCGCCCAGCUCCGAAACUCCAAGAAGGAUUCUUGCUGUUUUGUCUACCUUACGCGCCAAUCUCAAACCACUGCCAGCAUGGAGAAAGAUGUCAAACCAAAUGGAGAUCCUCUUACUGUGGUUAACAAAUGUAUUGAGAGCUUAGAAAAAUUAGUAAAUUUAAAGACCAGUGCUGACCGUGCAUUAUAUAUUGGAUCUAUAGAAAGAUUACAAUUAGCUGUUUGCUCUGAAGAAAGUGCAAUGAAACACUUUGUAGCAAGUUACACAGGUGGUAUACCACUUUUAGUAUCAAUUUUAGAGAAGAGCCAAGAUCAACACAUAAGGCAUUUUGCAAUUUUGAUUAUGGAAAAAAUGCUGUUACAUAAAUCAGGAGGAAGUGAAUAUGCCCAGACCUUUGUGCUUCAUGGGGCUGUGGAUCAUUUGUUAAAACUCAUUGUAAAAUGCCAGUUAUCAUGGGGUGAUGACUUUAUUUGCUCUUUGUAUAGAGUAACAGUCAAAGUUAGUGAAGAAGAUAAAAAGUUUGCUGUGAAAGCUAGAUUUUUGGGAGUGUUGCCAGUUAUAGUGUCUCACAUAAAGACAUAUGCCAAAAGAUACAAGGUUUUGAACAUAAUACUGAAGCUGCUGAAGAAGAUCAUGGCAAGUU